UGCUGUCAACUUUGAUGAUGAAGAAGGAAUGAGCUGGACGGAAGUUCCUGGUGCGCCGCUGAAUUCGGCCCGGGUGGAAACUGAUGAGACUUCGUAGUCAAAUUUCUAUCUCAUAAGAGGGUAACAGUUCAUGAGCCUGGAGCAGACAGCUGGCAGACGGACGGACCGCAUCUGCACCGCCGAUGCCUGUGUGGAGCCGAGAGCUGCAGAUGCGCUGUCUGGGACCUCCGUCUGGAGUGAAGCCUCUCCAUACUAAACCCAGAGGAACCAUGGACAAACCAGAAAGGUGUGCCUGUAGUGCUCAGGGCUGAGGAGCAGAGCAGCUGAGGAGAUGGGCUGCACCUCUGCCAAGCAGGUGUCUGCUGUGCCCAAUGGGGAGGAGGGCCAGAGUAAAGCCCACAGCAACGGGGACCUCCACUCCGACGAGUACAGGAUGAAAGGAGUGGAGAAAGUCAAGUACAUCAGCGGAGAUGAAGGAGGAGUCGACGGCCAGGACAGCACAGAGAAAAGUGCUCUCCUGGGGAAAGGUCAGCACAUGCAGGAGCCAGGGUCCAACGGAAACGGAAAGAUUCUGAGCAUCCACUCCUCAGAGAGUCAGCAAGAAUUCUUCAGGAUGCUGGACGAGAAAAUUGCAAAGGGCCAGGACUACUGCUCAGAAGAAGAAGAUAUGACAUAGCACUGUGCUCGUGUGUCCAUCGGCCCCAAUGUGAAGGAACUGUCAUCGCAGUGUUCAGAUGGACCGUACCAUGUGGUACCUGGGGGGGACUGUCCCUUGUAUGUCCAUACCUGAGAAAAAUGGAUUACUGACUUGAAUCAAGCACCUUUUUGCCCUUCUGCUCACAACCUGCUCAUAUAUCAACCAAGAGAGAAAGGACCACCAAAAUAAUGUAUUUUUAACCUUCUCGAAUGAAGCAGAACAUUACAUUUUACUUCCUUGAUGAAGCCAUUACAGGACAGAGGUCUUGGGAAUUGAAGACCCACUUGCUUUUCUUCCCAUCCUUGGAAAAGUCCUGUAUGGUCAAUAUAAAUAGCCGUCACAGACAUUUGAAACAUUACGACUUCCACAUUUACAUUUCCAAUGGCAGAUGCAACCAGUGGACACUUACCAUGAAAACGUAUAUCUCUAUCUGCAUCAUUUUCAAUAUUUCAUUCUUGAAUGCCUCCCUGAAAAGUCAGCCUUUUGGAAACUUCCUGCAUUCCAAGACACAGUAUGAACCUCUUUUCUACAGUAUGUUGGCCAGUCCAGUGUGUUUGUCUAUGGAAGAUUAUUAGUGCCGGGCUACAAUGAGGAGGAUUUUUAUUAUUUUGCAUUUCAAGGCAAAAUAAUAAUAAGUUAAACGUUCAGUAUGUGCGCUAACGCUAGAUUUUUACUCGGUUCGACAAUUAUUCUCAACAUUUGCUUCUUUAUUCUUGAAAAGCAAAAACAGAUACAUUUCUCUCAUUUACUUAUUUCUGGACGCAAUAAUUUUUCGUAACGUCUGUCCAUGUCUGUUUCUGCUAUGAUGUAGAGAAUUUAUGUUGAAUAAGGCUCAGGGUUGAAGUGUUGUAAUCUUUGUCUUUAGUGGUCAAGUCCUUCCUCUCAUAAAGACACUGACACUCAUGCACUCACACAGCAGGGUCAUCGAUGUCCCCUGCUUCAGUAUUAGUCUUGUGUUAUACCUACAGGGUGGACACUGCUUCAUCACAUACAAGUCUGAUUAUGUAUUUUGCUCACCAGUAAUAUGUUGUUGUGAUCAGUUUCUAUGUUGAACUUUUGUUUUUUUAGAAAAAUAAAAAGUGUUUUCAGUAAGUUA